CUCUAUAAAAGACCAAUCUUUUCAUUUUUGGAUUUGGUAAAGCAAAUAAAGUCCCAUUUUUUCUCUCAAGAAAAGGCAUAGAGUAAUCAAUCAGCUUUGAUAGAGAUGAAAUUUGGGAAAGAAUAUGCAUCCCAAAUGGUCCAUGAAUGGCAAGAAGCUUACAUGGAUUAUAAUUCUCUUAAGAAUGAGUUGAAAAAAAUCUUGAAAUUCAAAAAGAAGAAUGCACCAUUACCACAAGUUGCAGUCACCCCAAAAGGCUCUUUAAGGAAAAGGCUAUCUAUGUACAGAGCAUUUAGUGGACUACAAAACAGUUUCAAAAGUUCUCCUAGGAAAAAUAAUGAAGAUGAAGUGACAGUAGUGAAUUCAGAAGGUGAUUUUGAAACCACUUUCUUUGUGUCUUGUGAAGAAGGUGGAGAAUGUGAGCUGGUUUUCUUUAGGAGAUUGGAUGAUGAAUUCAACAAAGUGCUAACCUUUUACCAGGAAAAAGUAAGAGAAGUGAAGGUUGAGGCUGAUAAGUUGAGUAUACAAAUGGAAGCACUUAUUGCUCUAAGAAUCAAGGUUGAUAAGCCUUCAAUUGGAAUGCACACAGCCCAAGUGAUGGAUCCUUCAAGCAAUGAUAAUAGUAGUACCUUGUCUCCAGCAUCAGUGGAUCCUAUUCAUUUGACUAGUCCAAAUAGGCCAGAAAUGGAGGCAAUUCAAGAAGUUGAGAUGAACAGUGAAGAAAUUCUGGAAGAGAAAGCAACAAGAAGGGAAAGAGAUAAAUCAAAGAUGAAUCCCAUGGGUUUUAGGCCUGCUCCACUAGAGAUUUUGGACUAUGUAAAAAUCAAUGUUGAACCCGAAACACCUGUCUCGACUUUAAGAAAUUGCUGCAUGACUUCAACAUCAGAAUUAUCAUUCAGCAAAGAAGAGCUCAGAAAAGCUGAAGAGCAAAUGAGAAAGGCUUUUGUUGAGUUUUAUCAAAAGCUUCGACUUCUAAAAAGUUACCGUUUCUUAAAUAUGUUGGCAUUUUCCAAGAUCAUGAAGAAGUAUGAUAAGAUCACCUCAAGGAAAGCUUCUAAAUCAUACUCAGAUAUGAUUGAAAAAUCUUAUCUUGGUAGCUCAGAUGAGGUUUCUAAGCUCACAGAAAGAGUGGAGGUCACGUUCAUAAAUCAUUUUGUCAAUGGAAAUCGAAGGAAAGGAAUGAAAGUAUUAAGACCACAAGCUAAAAGAGAAACGCAUAGAGUAACAUUUUUCAUGGGUUUGUUUUCUGGAUGCUCAAUAGCAUUAGUAGCAGCUAUUGCUGUAUCAAUACAUUUAAGAAACCUUCUAGAGCACAAGGGUCGUGGGCAGUAUAUGGAAAACGUAUUUCCACUGUACAGCCUAUUUGGAUUCAUUGUCCUCCAUAUGCUCAUGUACGCGGGGAACAUAUACUACUGGAGGCGUUUUCGGGUCAAUUAUCCCUUCAUAUUUGGCUUCAAGCAAGGAACAGAGCUCAAUUACAGACAAGUACUCCUCCUUGCUUCUGGUGUUUCAGUACUUGCAUUGGGUGCUGGACUCUUCCACCUGGAUAUGGACAUGGACCCGAAAAAACGAAGUUUUGAGACAGUGACUGAGCUGAUCCCACUUGUCCUGGUGUCUGUUCUGCUUCUAAUAACUUUUUGUCCUCUGAACAUCAUAUAUCGUUCAAGCCGUUUCUUCCUUAUAAGAUGUUCCUGGCAGUGUCUAUGUGCUCCCCUUUAUAAGGUUACUCUACCAGAUUUUUUCUUGGCAGAUCAACUUACCAGCCAGGUUCAGGCAAUUAGGAGUUUGCAAUUCUAUGUUUGCUACUAUGGGUGGGGCAACUUCAGAACAAGAUCAAAUAAAUGUCAAGAAAGCAGUGUUUAUCAAAUCUUAUACAUAGUCGUUGCAAUUAUUCCCUUUUGGUCUCGGUUCAUUCAGUGCCUUCGCCGCUUAUUUGAAGAGAAAGAUUCGAUGCACGGGCUUAAUAGCCUCAAAUAUUUGUCAACCAUUAUUGCUCUUGUAAUGAGGACACUUUAUGAUCAAAGGAGAGGAACCUUUUGGAGAAUAAUGGCAGCAUCAACUUCAGGAAUUACUACAGUUGCAAACACUUACUGGGACAUUGUCAUAGAUUGGGGUCUAUUGCAAAGGAGUUCAAGAAACCAUUGGUUGAGAGACAAACUACUUGUGCCAUACAAGAUUGUCUACUUUGUUGCUAUUGUUCUUAACAUAAUUCUGAGACUAGUAUGGAUGCAGUUGGUUCUAGAUUUUCAAGAACUACCGUUUCUGCACAAGAAAGCAAUGGUUGCAAUAGUUGCCUGUCUAGAGAUCCUUCGUCGAGGCAUGUGGAACUUUUUCAGGUUGGAAAAUGAACACUUGAAUAACGUUGGGAAAUAUCGUGCCUCCAAGUCCGUACCACUGCCUUUCAACUACGACGAAGAUAAGAGUCUAUAGCUAUGUUUAGCUGAUACAAGUCAAAGGAACCCAGAGUACUCAAGAUAAAAUUAUUUUCUGUUUUCUUGGUUGCCCUUUUCUUGUACAGUUCUUUGAUGCAUUCAUCAAUGGUGCUUCUAAUAUUAGUUUAGUUUUCUUCGUGAAAAUGCUAUAAUAUAGUUUAGUUUUCUUCAUGAAA